AUGGCUGGCACCAGUGGAUUUGAAGCUUCGGCGGUUAGUGUGAUUAAACGGGCAGUGGAGUUAGAUGGCAAAGAACGCUUCACUGAAGCAUUAGUGUGCUACCAGGAAGGACUGAAUCUACUCAUGGAGGUCUUAAAAGUGACAACAGACGACGCAAAGAAGCGGGCCUGCACCCGCCUGGGCGACUACAUGGACAGAGCAGAGAAAAUCAAGCAACACGUGGAAAAGAAAAAGAAGGUGAAUUAGCACACUGGCAAAUACCACGAACAAAUCCACAUAGCUGCAGACUCCAACAACAGCUACAGUCGAACCUUCGGCCGUUUCCUAGACGAGUUUGUGACGGAGGUCCACGUUGAGGACCCAUACAUCCGGAACCCUCACCAGUGCUACAACUUCCUGAGGCUGUGCGAACUCCUUCUUGGGGGCAAGACGAAAGUCAAGAGGAUAAGCUUACUGACGGGACAAGACCAGGGAUCGGCGCAACAGCAAGAGGCAAGAUUUGAGGAGUUGAAAAGAAGCCUGGCCGAGUAUGGUGUAACGUUAGAUAUUAAUUACUCAUCGACGCUACACGACAGAGAAAUCAGAUUAAACAACGGUUGGAUAAUCAAGAUAGGUCGAGGUCUAGACUACUUCAAGAACACGGGCAAGUUCAGCAUCGGUUUCUGUGACAUGGACCUGCGCAAAUGCCACGAGACAACGGUCGACAUCUUCCAUUCCAAACACACACGAAGAAAUGAUACUGGCCGGAAACAAAAAUGCAGAUAA